AUUGCACAGAUGACAUUCACAUGCACGCUCGUCUUGACUUGAGUGCGAGUGUAAGUUCUUAUUAAAUCGUUUCCGCGUUUCGCAGGGAGGUUGAAAGCCCGUCUGCAUUAGAUGUGAAGCGCGCACCUUACUGUUAAACAGCGGGAGGCAGCGGAGCCACUGAUAAGGGAGUCGGCGCGUUUCCGUGAACGCAGAAAGAUAACGGGGUCGCCCAAGAUUUCGUUAGGAUGUUAUAACUAGUGUUCCUAGCGGAACUUGCAGUUCUAUGGGAAGCUGUUCUGCCUCUUAACAACCAUCGUUUACAGAUUUUCUAUAUGCAGCUGAUGUAUUAUUCUGAAAAAAUUAUAAACUACUAAAGCUUCAAAUUUUCCUGAGUCGAAGGAGAACGACGCACAUGCAAUUUCUCUUGGCAAGUAGGCACCAGUCUGAGACAAAGCCUUUACUGUGAAGAGGAAGCCGCAGUGGAACAUUACGGGACAGCGGGAGAGGGAGUGAGAGAAAACGUGAGGCGCUUCCUCCCCUCUCUCUUUCCUUUCCCUUUCCUUCCUCUCCAUUGUAGCAUCAUCGCCCCGUGGAGCCCUGCAGGCCAUUGUUUUUUAGCCCCAAGUCUGAGAAGUGCUUUCACGGAGUUGGAAAGAGAAAAGAGAAAAAGGAAGAGAACCACUCAAGAUGUUUUGGAAGAAGAAAAAGAACUGACAGGGUGAGAUCACCAGCGGAGGAAUGAAUGUAUAGGCCUUCAGCCUUUGGAGGGCGACCUGUAUGUGCUUUUCUGGCUGUGUGCAACGCCAACGUGAGCAGGGCUGCACCAUGCCCACCAAGGGCAAGUACCUGCUGAACAACCAAGAGCUGAAACAGGAGGCCCUGUAUCGCAAGUUCUCCUGCAUCAGCCAGUACCAGCUCCUGGUCCUACUACUGGGCCUCACCAUGCUGUCCUGUGCCAUCCUCAUUGUGCUCUUCUUCUCACUGAGACUGGACGCCAGUGAGCACAGCGCCUUUGUGAGCGCCGUCAGCUGCGGCCUCUGUGUCUUCCUGGCCGUCUUCGUGCUGGUUUGCACCGAGUCGCUGUCCCAGCGCUGGAGACGCCUGCUGGGAGUGGUGGUGUGGGCCACCCUGCUCACCAUGAGCUUCACCUUCAUCUUCAGCAGCCACGUCAUCCACGCCUGGGAUCAGGUUCCAUUCUUCCUCUUCAUCAUCUUCACGGUGUACACCAUGUUGCCCUUCCAGAUGUGCUAUGCAGUCCUUCUAAGCGUCAUCUCCUCUCUGUCCCACAUCAUUGUCCUGGCGAUUUACCUCUCUGUCACCAGUCACACCUCCCACCCCAUCCUGGCCAAACAGCUGCUGUCCAAUAUGGUGGUGUUCCUGUGCGGCAGUGCGGUGGGAGCCUUCCACAAGGUGCUGAUGGAGCGAGCUCUCCGGCAGACCUUCCAGGACACCCUGAGCUGCCUGAGCAUCCGCAUGAAGCUGGAGAUUGAGAAGCGGCAGCAGGAGAACCUGCUGCAGUCGGUCCUGCCUGUAUAUAUCUCCAUGAAGAUGAAGCUGGCCAUCAUGGAGAGGCUGCAGGACUGCAAGGACAAGCAGGAACAGCAGCGCCUGGUUCGCGACAACAAUUUCCACAGCCUCUACGUCAAGCGGCACGAAAACGUCAGCAUCCUGUAUGCCGACAUUGUGGGCUUCACCCGGCUGGCCAGCGACUGCUCCCCCAAGGAGCUGGUCAUCAUGCUCAAUGAGCUCUUCGGGAAGUUUGACCAGAUUGCCAAGGAGAACGAGUGCAUGAGGAUCAAGAUCCUAGGGGACUGUUACUACUGCGUGUCCGGUCUGCCUGUGUCGCUGCCCAAACAUGCCAAAAACUGCGUGAAGAUGGGGCUGGACAUGUGCGAAGCCAUCAAGCAGGUGAGAGAGGCCACCGGAGUGGACAUCAACAUGAGGGUGGGCGUACACUCCGGUAACGUGCUGUGUGGAGUGAUUGGCCUUCGGAAGUGGCAGUUUGAUGUGUGGUCACAUGACGUCACCUUGGCCAAUCACAUGGAGGCGGGAGGCUUACCAGGACGUGUCCACAUCACAGAGGCCACCCUGAAACACCUAAACAAGGCGUAUGAGGUGGAGGAAGGCUAUGGCCAUCUGAGGGACCCCUACCUGAAGGAGCAGAACAUCCACACAUACCUGGUCAUCGACCCCCGGUCCAAGGAGCAGUGUCCCAACGACACGUCCAAGGCACGUAUGAGCGACGGCCUGAAGAUGCGCGCCUCGGUGCGCAUGACCCGCUACCUGGAGUCCUGGGGCGCCGUCAAGCCCUUCGCCCACCUGCAGAGCCGUGAGGGCUACGGCACUGAUGCCAUGGUCAAUGGCAAGGUCCGCUGCAAGGACAUUCCACUGAGAUCCAUUCCUUGUUCCAAGAUAACCGAAAGCCUGGAUGAGUCCCUGGAGGAGUCCUUUGUCCCCCCCACCCCUCCCUUCGCCAGCUAUAAGAAUAAAUCCCAGAAAAGUAAGUUUGAUGAGGAGCUCCACAAUGAGAUGACGACGACCAUCGAUGAACUGAGCUCCAGCAAGCAGUGGGUCAAGUCAGAAGAGAUCUGCAGCCUGACACUCUGGUUCACGAAGAAGGAACUGGAGAAGCAGUAUCGUGCCAUUGAUCUUCCAAGUUUCAAGUACUACAUUGGCUGUGCCACCCUCAUCUUCCUCUGCAUCUUUUUAGUGCAAAUGUUUGUCACAAAAGAGCCCCAGAAGCUGGGGGUGUCCUUUGGCGUGCUGGCCUGCAUCCUGCUGCUCAUCCUGGGAGUCUCCUUUGCUGGUCACCUGCAGCGUCUGUUCCCAGAGAAGCUGGCCUCCUGCCAUUGGCUGCCCACCGUGUCUGAGGCGGUGUGUAAGAAACCGUGGGUUCGCCUCCCUCUGGCCAUCCUCUCCACUGCCGUCAUCCUCAUCAUUGCCGUCUUCAAUCUGUGCUUUAUGAGUCACCUGACUCCAUGUGAGGCCAACAGCACGUCCAGCAUCACUUUCCUCAAUGUCAGCCAGCUGCUGGAGAUGGAAGACCUGCUGUUCCACCUGCCUUACUCCGUGUACUGCUGUCUGCUGGCUCUCAUCGCAUGUGGAGUAUUCCUGAGGGUCAGCUUUGAGCUCAAGCUGGCCUUCCUCAUCCUGGCCUCCACGGCCUAUUACAUCAUCAUCCUCAGUGCCGGGGACCACCUCUUCCAGUGCUACAGUGGAAUCCUGUAUCACCAUUGCCAAGGCAGCAACAGCAGCAGCAAUGCGUCAUACAGAGACAUCCUGGCAUACCUGGGCCUGGUGAAACACCCCCAGGUCAUGAGCUGCAUGUACAUCACCUUGUUCCUGGUCACCAUGCUCAUCAUCAUACGGCAGAACGAGUACUGCUGCCGGCAAGAUUUCCUGCUGAAGAAAAAGAACCGCACGGAACAGGAUGAGAUCGAGACCCGGGAGAACCUCAACCGACUGCUGCUGGAGAACGUGCUUCCGGCCCAUGUGGCCACGCUCUUCAUCGGGGAGAACAAAAAAAAUGAGGUGGGACUCCUCACAAACACUGUUUUCACUGAGAGGCACAAGGACCUUUACUACAAGUCGUAUGACUGCGUGUGUGUGAUGUUCGCCUCGGUGCCCGACUUCAAGGAGUUCUACACGGAGUGUGACAUCAACAAGGAGGGCUUGGAGUGUCUGCGGCUGCUCAACGAGAUCAUCGCCGACUUCGACGAGCUGCUGUCCAAACCCAAAUUCAGUGGGGUAGAGAAGAUCAAAACCAUCGGCAGCACCUACAUGGCAGCUGCUGGGCUCAGCGGCACCCCGGGGCAGGAGAGCAAAAGGGACAGAGACAAGCAGCAGGCACAGAUUGGGAUCAUGGUGGAAUUCGCCAUCGCCCUUAUCGGCAAGCUGGACGGCAUCAAUCGACACUCCUUCAACAGCUUCCGUCUGCGCGUAGGAAUCAACCAUGGGCCCGUGAUCGCGGGGGUGAUCGGAGCCAGGAAGCCCCAGUAUGACAUCUGGGGAAACACGGUCAACGUAGCCAGCCGAAUGGAGAGCACAGGAGAGCUGGGAAGAAUUCAGGUGACGGAGGAAACGUCCAUUGUGCUGCAAAUACUGGGCUACUCCUGCGAGUGCCGGGGCCUGAUCAAUGUCAAGGGCAAGGGCGAGCUGAGGACGUACUUCGUGUGCACCGACACAAGCAAGUCCCAGGGGCUGGGCCUGAGCUGAAGAGGGGCUGGGCCUGAGCUGAAGAGGGGCUGGGCCUGAGCUGAAGAGGGGCGGGGCCUGAGCUGAAGAGGGGCGGGGCCUGUGUCCAGAGAGGCUGCUGACAUGCCACAGGGACUGAAACAUUGGCGAUGGGGGGGUGGAAGGGGGGACGCGGAUAGACCCAUCUCGGACCUGGAGCAGGAAUAAUCAGCCUCCCAGGGCUCAUGCCUGCAUCGACGUCUUUAUCAAGCUUGCUAUCUGCAGAAGUUGGCUCUGAUAUUCCACACUCCUGGGAGGGACAUUUAUGACCCCCCCCCCCCCCAUUCAUCAAUACGUCAUUGUACAUACUCUUUGCAGACACCUCACUGCCGAGUAAUUUGUUCGGGCUGCUCCUCUUCGUUCCUCAUCCUGAUUUCUGAAUGUCUCUCUCUGUCCUGGUUCAGUGUUCAUGCUUAUGGUUCUUAGGAAAGAACAAGAUUAUUUAACGCAUCCGAGCCAAACAUUUUCAGUUUUUAACUAGGCAGCUUACACGCCGCGUGUUCUGCGUGUUCUAUUACUGUGUAAUGUGGAGGGUGGAGAUCAUGUGUCACGGGAAGGUUUCAUUAUCCGAAACAAACAAUCUUACUUUCUGUGUAUCAUACACACUUAGUUUUAUUAGACUAUUUUAAUUUUCAGAAAAACUACUUACAGUGUAUACAUUAAGAGAAGCAUGUCUUCAGGAAGCAGAGCUAAAUGCUUCUGGAAACUUCUGUAACAUUUUUAAUUUCUUUUCAUUCUUUUUUUUUUUGUUAGUUUUUUUUUUAUCCAGACACCUGGAGAAUUCAGUUCCACCUUGAUGCCUAAUUGUAUGUGAUGAGCUACAUGCUAACUCCAUGCUAAUACUUAUGCAUUUGAUUACUGUGAAUUGUGUUGUGCGUCUCACUGGCGUCCAGGUCAUUCCUGGCCUCCGCCCUCUCGGAACUUCAGACGAGGGGCCAUUUCUGUCUCGGCAGUACAGAGCAGCUCCUCUCUGCCCCUGUCCUCCUAUUCCAAUGAGGAUGCUGGUUUUUGGUGUAGUUUAGGUCUUAAUUAAUUGAGUCCCACUGAGCUGUGAUUCAUCCCUUGACAAAUGACUAAACAAAAAGCCACAUUAUGUGCCAGUAUUUUUCAUUUUGAAAAUGUUACAUUGAUAUAAACCAUAAACGUAAAGCCUUCAACUACUGUUAUUCAAAAGGAUUUCAAAUGAUGCAUCCAAUUAAUAUCUCAAUCAAACCUAGUUAAUGAUGAGCUUAGCUACUAAAAAGAUUGGGACCAGUUGGUCUAGAGCAGUGUUUCUCCACGCUGUCCUUGAGGAUCCCCAGACUGUCCACAUUUUUGAUCCCUCCCAGCUCCCAACACACCUGCAUCAGUGUUUCGGAUUGGCAGGGAACUAGCCGAGGACGGCGUUGGGAGACCCUGCUGUAGAGCAUCCGGACAGGUUGUAUUAUUACUGGAGUGGCUCUGAGCAGGUCCUGAGAAUGUAGCCAGCCCAUCCACUUUCUCUUGAGAUCAAUCAAUUUGUAUAACUGCUGGUUAUUGAUGAUAUUAGUUGUCACUUGAGACCACUUUUUAAUGUGACUGCUCUGAAGGGGGUGGGGGUGGGGGGCUGGUUCAGUAUAGCUGCCAAAGAGUGUGUGGUGAGUUCAAGGAACACUACUGUUUACUACUGCCACUGUUAUCACUCGGUGACUUUUAUUCAAUGUUGCCAUCUGUUUAGAGUGUGUGUAGGAUUUUUGCCGCUGUGCUGUAUAAUGCAGUCUCACUGAGGAACAAAUGACUUAAGUGUUUUUUUUUUUGUUUUUUUUUGUAUGGUGCCAUUAUGUAAUAAAUCAUUCUCCAAGGGU